GGAGAGCAGCCGCGGGCGGGAGCGCUGGCCGUGCGCCCCGACGCCCGGACAUGAGUGGGGGCUUGGCGGCUGGACAGAUGGCCUUCUCCGCCUGCCCCGAGGGGCCCGCCGACGGCCUGGAGCUCCUGGACCUCCUGUUCGACCGGCAGGACGGCGUCCUGCGGCACGUGGAGCUGGGCGAGGCCUGGGGCCGCGCGGAGGACCAGCAGGCGCUAACAGGGCCCGACCCCCACGACUUCCUCAGCUCCAUCCUGGGCUCGGGGGAUUCGGCGCCCGGCUCCCCGCUCUGGUCGCCCGCGGCCAGUGACAGCGGCAUCUCCGAGGACCUGCCCUCCGACCCCCAGGACACCCCGCCACGCAGCGGGCUCCCCGCCACCCCGUCCGCCUGCCGUCCCGCCGGGCCCUGCCCCGACUACCGUCCCAGCCCCGCCUGCCCCGCCGGGCCCCCGGGGCCCGUCGUCCCCGUGCUCGAGUCCUCGGUGGCCAUAGACCUGGGAACCUGGAGCCCAGGAGGAAGCCUGUACGCUGAGGAGCUGGCCGAGCCGGUGGACUUGCCCGCACGCUGCAACCUCACAGUCAAAGACCUCCUCCUUUCCGGCAGCGGUGGGGACCUGCAGCAGCAUCACCUGGCAGCCCCGCACCUGCUGCGACCCGGGACCGGGCACUGUCAGGAGUUGGUGCUGACCGAGGACGAGAAGAAGCUUCUGGCCAAAGAAGGCAUCACUCUGCCCACCCAGCUGCCCCUCACCAAGUAUGAGGAGCGAAUGCUGAAAAAAAUCCGCCGGAAGAUCCGGAAUAAACAGUCCGCCCAAGAAAGCAGGAAAAAGAAGAAGGAAUAUAUCGAUGGUUUGGAGACUCGGAUGUCAGCCUGCACUGCCCAUAAUCAAGAGUUGCAGAGGAAAGUCUUGCACCUUGAGAAGCAAAAUCUGUCCCUCUUGGAGCAGCUGAAGAAACUCCAGGCCCUCGUGGUGCAGUCCACCGGCAAAUCUGCCCAGACGGGCACCUGCAUAGCGGUCCUGCUGCUGUCUUUCGCCCUCAUCAUCCUCCCCUCCAUCAGCCCUUUCGCCGCCAGCAAAGCCGAGAGCCCCGGGGACUUCACGCCUGUGCGAGUCUUUUCCAGAACGUUGCACAACGACGCUGCCUCCCGCGUGGUCCCCGACGCCACGCCAGCCUCCGAGGCCCCAGGCCCCCGGCCCGAGGCUGGCGCGCCCCACGGAGGGUCUCCCGGCGGCCCUGGGGCGGACUGGGGCGCCCGGGACGCGCUGGCGCGGGACAAUUCCACGCAGGAGCUGGACAACGCGACCCUGGGCCUGGGCAGCUCGACGGAGGAGCUGGGCCGGGCAGCCCUGCUGGACUGGGUGGCGCCUGAGUCUGUCCUCCGCCCCGGACUCUCGGGGCUGGAGGCGGCGGGGGACGAGCUCUGAGCCUCGCUGGGAAUGAGCCCCCAGGCCCUUCUGCCUCCGGGGCGCUCCAGUGGACAGUGACAGCCCCGGGGAUCGGGGGCGAGGUGGUGACCUCGGCGCAGACUCACAGCCACACACCGGGACUGCUGAGCCACCGCAGAGCCAGGGCAGGGGCACAAGGAAACAGCCCGAAACAGACCCAGACACAAGACACACACGCACACGCAGACGCGACAGGUGCCCCGGCGACCCCCAGCCGGGUCCCCUCCCUGCCUCCGUCGCACACGGGGAGGAGGAGGCGGCAGAGGCUGCAGGGACCCUGGCCCCGGAGCCACCAGGGCCACAGUGACCGCGCUUGCCUGGACUGCCUGGUCCUUAAUAAAGUGUUUUGACGGAA